AUUUUUGCAAUCUAUUCACAGUUGUAUAUACUGAUAUAUAGUCUAUAGAAUGUGAAUACAUGCUUCAGUGCUCCAAACAUUGUAAAACUGAUUAUCAAAGAUAAGCAGCAUAAAAAUGUCAAAUAUAGGGGGUGAGAGACAACUCUUUGGCAGAAUGUUCAGGGUCAAUGAAUGUGAUGCUGACCCUGAGUUUGCCGCAAAGGUUGCCAGAAUACAAGAGGAUCUUGCUACGACUUCAAGAAGCAGUAGUCUGUCUCAGGAACCUGAACAAAAUGAAGCAAUGGUUUCAUUUGAGGAAAGCGAGGAUGUAACGGAAAAAUUGAUCAUGAAAUUAGUGAAACGCAGGAAUCAGUCGCAGGAACAUCUACACUUGAUGACUCUGUUGAACCAGAUGGCCUGUGUUAUUCACGUCCAAAAAAGUCAAAAUUGAAAAAAGGUAGUUCUCAACCAACUGAACCUAUUCCUGCUACAAUUAACACUAAAAACAGCCAUGAUAUGUUAAAAAUCUCACAAUCUGGAGAAAAAUCGAAUAAUAAUAACAAUAAGAACGACUCAGAAUUAUCAGAUCAGGAAGAAACUCCACCAUCAAGUGAAGAACCGGUUGAGUCCUUCAAAGGAGGAUAUUCAUCUCAAGAAGCUCUCGCAGAAGAUUCUGGAGUAAGUCUGCAAGAAUUUGAUGAUUCUCAUGAUGGCGUGGAGUAUAAUACCACAAUCGAUAGACAGUCAUCUAAAAGUGUUUCUGGUCGUAUAGACUUAUUAGAAUAUUCGGAGAGAGAGUGGAAUGGCAAAACCCUUAAGGCCGAGCAUAUGAAAUUGGGCUAUUUUAAAAUAAUAGAGCAAACUGGCUACAAAGCAAUGCGAAGAAUUCGUGGAGACAACUACUGUGGUCUUCGAGCAACUUGUUUUCAAGUUUUAAGUCAAAAUUUAAACGUUUUGCGAAAUUGGGAUCGAAUUGAUGACAUUGAGAGUAUUCCCCAAAAGCUCAUUGAUAAUCAUGGCUGUAACUGGCUUGCGCAAUGGUCAUUUGCAAACCGUCUUCAAGUUUUGCCAAAGAAGAAAAUUGACACUAUGGUACAAUGUUUAAAAUGUUUCAACAAUCAGUUGAAAAAAUGUAAAUCAAUUGAAGAUGAUGAUAGUAGAAUACAGCACUUGUUAAAAUACUUCAAUUCUGGAAAUUCUGAUGAAAUACUCCUUUUCGAAGCAAUAAAGUUAUUGAUGCUUUAUUCAGCAGUUUUGAUACAUGACUGUAUGAAAGCAGGAAAAGAAAUUCCAGAUUAUGGAAUGUUGUUAUUUGCCAGAGACACCAGUGAGACGCCAGAACAACUAAUGAAGCAACAUCUUAAUACUGUUGGGGAUACUGGCGGCUUGGAACAGAUUGAAAUGAUGCUACUCGGUUAUACCCUCAAAGUUACGAUUCGUGUCGUGAGACCAUCGCAAGCAGAACAAGAAGAUUUUAUGAGUUAUUAUCCAGACAAUCAUAAAGAAGAUUGGGACACUUGUGAUUUAAUUGCGGAAGAUGACAGACAUUAUAAUAUUAUUGUUGAUUGAGUAUUUUUUUUUUGUGCUUCUUGUUUUAUUAAAUUUAUUGAACAUAUUAUAUCAAUUAUAAAAGCCAUUAUUAUAUGCUUAUUUUAUGUAUGCAUGCCUGAUAACCAUUGGUUAUUUGGAGCCUUCCUUACGCUAAAAUGCCAUUCUUACUUUAUUUGGAUUUUCAGUUUAUGAAAAAAUGAAGUACUGUUACCAGUACACUACCAGUGAA